GCCGCACAGCUCCCGUUGCCGUCGCGGCUUCCGGUGCUAGGUGGAGGAAAGGAAGGAGGGAGCUGGGGAGCGGGGCCAGGGGAGCAGCCUUGCCGAAAUCGGCGUGGGGGAGUCGGAGGGAGCGGAACCAGUGCAGAGCGGAACCUGCGGGGGCGGAGGCGGUGGCUGUGGCGGCGGAGCUGGGAGCAGGAACAGGAUCGUGUUCUCCAUACCAGGGCCCGGGCCAAAACCAGACUGCCACUGCCCGCACUUGAGCCCUCCUGUCCUCAGAAAGUGGUUGCUGUGAUCAUGGGUAAUAUCUUCGGAAACCUUCUGAAGAGCCUGAUUGGGAAGAAGGAGAUGCGCAUCCUGAUGGUGGGCUUGGAUGCUGCAGGGAAGACCACCAUCCUGUAUAAGCUGAAACUGGGUGAGAUCGUCACCACCAUCCCCACCAUUGGGUUCAACGUGGAGACAGUGGAGUACAAGAAUAUCAGCUUCACAGUUUGGGAUGUGGGUGGCCAGGACAAGAUUCGACCUCUCUGGAGACACUACUUCCAGAACACCCAAGGCUUAAUAUUUGUGGUCGACAGUAAUGACCGGGAGCGAGUAAAUGAGGCCCGGGAGGAGCUGAUGCGGAUGCUGGCGGAGGAUGAGCUCCGGGAUGCAGUACUCCUUGUCUUUGCAAACAAACAGGAUUUGCCUAAUGCUAUGAACGCUGCUGAGAUCACAGACAAGUUGGGCCUGCAUUCCCUGCGUCACCGCAACUGGUACAUUCAGGCCACCUGUGCCACCAGCGGGGACGGGCUGUACGAAGGCCUGGACUGGCUGGCCAAUCAGCUCAAAAACAAGAAGUGAGAGCCAGACAGCCCUAUCCGACCACCCUACCCACCCCUGACGCACCUACUGUCUCCCUGCCCCAGCCCUGCCCCUUCCUUCCCAUUGCCAGUGUGGCCAGGGCCCUGGGUAUCAUGUUCGCAUGCCCAACAAGAGCCUUGCCCCCUGCCCUUCCUCCACUCCCCUGUCCAUGACCAGUCCCCAGUUGCUGUCCUGAUGAUGAAUCAUUCCAAUUUAUCGGCUUUAAAACAAAAACAAGGUUGUUAUGGUUUCAUGGGUGGCCCCCCCAUCCUCUGGGGUUUGGGAGGGGUGGUGGGGUGGGGUAUUCUCUCCGUUCACUUCAUUUGGCUCUGGUUGCUGUGCUCUUGGCAUCUCAGUCUCUUCCCUCUCCCCACCGCUUCCUCUCCUACUCCCCAUCUUCCUUUCCUUUGCCCCUUUCUUCCUGUUCUACAUGGAAAUUGCACGGGCCUCUCUUUGUGUGUGCGUGCGUGUGUGCGCGUGUAUAUACGUGUAUAGAGAGAUGUAUAUGCAGGGGGAAGGGUGGAGGGGUGGGGUGAGACUCAGUGCUGGGGGCCAGGUCACACUGCCCACUCCAGUCUAUCAUUUGCCCCUCCCAUGCUGGUGAGAUAAAGGGAAGAAGGUAGAGGCAGGAAGGUAGAGGGAAGGCUGCCGCAGUCUUGCACUGGUUCCUCUCCUCUCUGUGUGUAGGUUUUUCUGGAUGAUAGGACAGAUGAUGGAUUUUCCACCACCAUCUUUCUUGUACCCCUCUCUCCACCCCGUUCAGGGCAGGGGGGUGGUGUUUAUAGCUAGAUGACUGUUCCCAAGGAGAUGCCAUUCUGCCCUGCCUUGCCAGUGGGAAGGAGAGAAGAGCCCACUCACUCUUAUCAGCCCAGUAUUCAGCUGAUCCUCCUCCUCAUCCUUAGAUCUGUUCCUCAGGAGCCUGUGAGGAGGAUGGUGAAGGGGAACAAGACCAUGGGGUAUGUUUGGGAUCCAGGGCACGGGGCGGGUGGGCCUCAGGUUUUCCAUCUUCAUCCUUUUGUGUUGUUAGGAGAAGGUGAGGCAUGGAUCAGUCUACUCUUGCCUUCCCAUGCCCCCCCUUCCUCAUCUUCUGAUCUCGGGGACUGGGUGGUUCAUCUCUCCUUUGUCAGAGUGUCCUCAUGCUAGUAGUCCUGCUGACCUGACCAGGGCUGGCUGGGUGGUUUAAUGGGGAGCAGGGGAGUGGGGGUGACAUGGCAGGCCUCAGUUUCAAUUCCCCUGUUCUCCACUUCUCUCUUUUUCUAGUCUGGGAUGUGCUGAAGGCUGAAAAUCUUCUUUUCUGUUUUUAGACCCUCAGACUAUCCUGCUGUCCCUCCUCACACCACCCCAACAGUUUUCUUCUGCCCAUUUCAGCCCCUUCCCAUGAAUCAGUUUGAGGCUUGGAGUGGAGGAAAUUAGAACUCUGAAGUAGUUGUUGGUGCUGGUGGGAUGUAGUGGUCUUCAGGGUCCUCCCACCAUUAUGUAGUUGUUCAGAAACUGCUGCUACUGCGUCUCUCUGUUUACAGGGGGCGCUUGUCCCUGAGGUCCUGGCCUGGGUCCUGACUUUGCGGUUUCUAUGAAGCCGUGGCUUUUCUGUGGGCUCCCGUGUGUGCUGGCUGCGCCCUGAGCUCCAAAACAGCCGCCCAUGACCUUUCUGCUAUGGUCCGGGCCCAGGCCCCCUGUCCGCUCCUUCCCCCACAACAUGGCUGAGGGGCCCCUUCCCAGAAGGACUGUCCCAAGCCCAACCCAUGGGGCCAGGCUUCCUGCCACCUUUGUCUACAACAGGCAGAUCAGUACCCCCACCCUACUCCAGGUUGAACUGUGAAAGAGAGGUUCCAAGGGUGUCUCCCUCAGUGCCAGUUCCUUAGUGAUGUACUGUUUACCCAAGAUGCAGUGGAAGUGUGCAGGUCUCCUGAUCUCUAGGCCUGUGUAUGUGUGUGUGUGUGUGUGUGUGUGUGUGCGUGCACAUGUGUGUAUUUGGUGGCAGGGGUAAGGGGAGAGGUGUGCUGGAGCUUCUAGUUCAUUUUAACAUGUAUUCACUCCCCUGACCCCGUGGAUGCAUUCCCCCGCCCCUUUCCUUUGCCUCUGCCUCUGCCUCUGUUCCCUCUUUUUUUUUUUUUUUUUUUGCUCCUGCACUUGUUGCCUCUCCCCUCCUGAAUUCUUUCCUUUGCCUCCUUUGCCUUCUCAACUCAUUCACUGCUGUUGCCUAUCUGUCUCCCCUUUCCUUGUUUCGUUCCUACUUAGGAUUUUCCACUCUUGGUCUCUUCAGUAGCUGAGGAUUUUGCCUCUUCUCCUGCCUCCCAGUCUGACCGUCCCUAGUUAGAUGGCAGUCCCAAUUAUGUUUUUCUUAUUUAAGGCCCACCCCUACCUUGUUUUGGGGGGCUCCAGAGACCAGUGGGCCUGAGGGUGUUAGGCAGCAGCCUUGGAGGUUGCCUUGGUGUUGCUUAAGGAUCCAUCCAGCAGGGGGCAGUAAGUGAUCGUGGUAGUGUCCUUGGCUGCUAGGCCCUUGGCAGGGGUGGUCCUUGCUACAGUCCCAUUCUCCUAAAAGCUCUUUUUGGAUUGGGUUUCUCAUUCCAUUUUUGCCUGCUCCCUCCCACACUCUCCUCUGGUAGAUUUAAUUUUAUGCUUUCCUCUGUUACAGCCUUUCUUUUCCCCUAGAGAUUCCCCUCUGCCUCCCUCCCCUCCGAAGUUUGUUUUGUGGUGUUACAGUGGUAACUGCAGUCCUGGUUUUUCUCUUCUUUUUUUUCCCCCUCUGGAAUGUAGACUGUAUAUGUUUAAUAACUCACCUUCUCUCUCCUUGCCCAAAAUGUGGGAUACACGACGACUGUGACCCUGGUUGGAAAUUAAACUUGUUUUAUGCA